AUAGAUAGAUAGAUAGAUAGAUAGAUAGAUAGAUAGAUAGAUAGAUAGAUAGAUAGAUAGAGUGGUAAGCGUGAAUGAAGAAAUCAGAAAGGGAGGGAGAGAGCAAAACAAACAAGGAGAGAACAAGAGAGAGAGAGGGGGAGAGAGAGAGAGAGAGAGAGAGAGAGAGAUCCAUUCUCAAACCUCCACUUUGCCAUACACAGUGGACUAACCCUGGACACACUAAGCGGAGGAGUGGUCUAGGAGCCAUGACAGGAGGUUUGUUCCUGACACUGUCCACCCUGUUACUGGUCCAGACUGUCUCCUCCUGCCCAAAGGAGUGCUGGUGUGACAGUCAUGCCAAAGUGGUGGACUGCAGAGGACGAGGCUUGUAUGACAUUCCGCACAAGCUCCAUCCAGACACUCUGGAGCUACACCUUCAGGACAACCACAUAAGAGGCAUUGGUUCCAUGUCGUUCCGAGAAACACCGUACCUCCGAGUUCUGGAUCUGGCCAACAACAGCAUCACUAUGAUUUCUCCCAGUGCCCUUCUAGGGCUUAGGAGCUUAAAGACCCUCAUCCUGGCCAACAACUCUAUCCGGGAAGUGGAUCGCCGGUUAUUGGGCUCGAUACGCAAUCUAACACACUUGGAUCUGUCUCACAACCACAUAGCAGGGCUCCCCGGAGCACUAGCCGAUAGUUUCCACCAUCUAACCCACUUUUCAUUGCACUUUAAUCGGCUGACCAAGCUAGAUCGCAUUCACCUGGAUGCCCUUGGGAGCCUACAGGUGCUGCGUCUGACAAAUAAUCCCUGGAAGUGUGAUUGCCACAUGAUAGGGCUUAAGCUAUGGUUGGAAACAUUCACUUUUAAAGGUGGUGUGGUGGACGGUGUUCUGUGCCACGAGCCGCACUCUAUGCGUGACCGUGACCUCCGCCACGUACCCUAUGAGCUCUUCCACAACUGCAUGAGCACCAGCUACAGCUACUUGUUUGCCAACAUCCAGCACAUGGAAAGACAGCAGCGGUUGCUUCGAGGUGUCCCGUACCCAAGCCUGGAUGCUCCGGUUGAUCAGGAACCGGAGUGCGAACCCAAGCCAAAAGCACGACCCAUCAACCUGCGUCAUGCCAUAGCUACAGUGAUCAUCACCGGCAUUGUGUGUGGAAUUGUGUGUCUCAUGAUGCUGGCUGCUGCUGUGUACGGGUGUGCCUACGCUGCCAUCAUGGCGAAAUACCAGCGGGAGCUAAAGAAGCGGGAAGAGGAGGCUGGAAGAAUAGAGAAAGAGAAAACGGACAAGGAAGGGGAAAAAGAGUUGCUGGAAAAUGCCAUAGCGUGAAAAGGAGUAUUAUGGCACAGAGAGAGAGAGAGAGAGAGAGAGAGAGAUGCAAUAAUUCUCAUACCUCACCCAGGGAUAUUACAUAGCCAAGCCUCUUGCAUGGCAAACUCUUAAAAAAUUGUAAGAUACAGCUACACACAUAACUUAGGGAUCUUGUACAUUCAUAGAGUUUAUCACAACUAUUGCGAUAUCUUCUCAGACGGACAAACUUGAUUUCUGCUUUGUCAUCCACUGUAUCACUCAUUCCAUACACUGUCCUCCCUAAAGGAGAAGUCGAACAGGAGAGAAGAGACGUGCUCUAUAAUGCAGUCUAGCCACAGUCCAGUCAAAAACUGAAAUGAUAUUGGCAUCCUUAAUGAAAAUGGACAAAAUGAGUGUGUUAAAUAAAAAAAAAAAUGCAUCAAAUCUUCCAUUCAAACUAAUAGAGAAACAAACUACCUCUAACUACAAUCAGUAUCAUCAUCUGUUUGGGAAGGCAUUUAAAUAAGACAUAAAGAAAAUGCAAAUAAAAUAGGAAACAUAAUAGAUUUUUUUGUCGAUUGCAAGUCUAGGAAAUAUGUUGCUGCUACUGAAGACAGGUUGGGGAAAUUGACUGAUGUAUAUCACUAAAUUCCCUGGUGUAUAAUUAUGAGCAAAAUUGCAAAAUCUCCUUGCCAUCCAUUACCAUGUGGACAAGAAGAAACACCGAGCAAAAUUAAAAAAAGAAAAGAAAAAGAAAAUCUGCCAAUAAGUGGUCGCAUUUUAGCCUCCUACACAGCGAGGAGGAUGGUAAAGUAAAAAAUAAAAAAAUAAAAAAAAAAGAACCUGAAGAUCACAUUUUCAGAACAGCACAGUUUCUUCCAUUCUUGAGAUCUUUCCUUAUUCCACUCUUGUCACAUUUCAAACUCAAGCUAUUAGAUACCACCUUCAAGUAAUUCGCCAGUGAUAUAGAGAUAUAGAGAAGCCAUAUCACCAGAAAUUCAUAGAGAUCACUGGAAACUGUGCAUUUGUAGAUAAAAUCAAAGUAUGUAUCUUUCUGAAGGAGACCAUAUACAAGGAUCCCUGAUUGUUUUUUUUCUAGGAAAUGAAGACUGCACCAUAAACAGAUCUUUCAAUAAAUCACUGGCAUCAAACAUAUAUCCAAAUCAGCUGAGAAAUAGUCGUGACAUAUAGCAUCAGUGUUUGGCAAGUAACCAUCUCUGCCUCCAGAUUUUAAACUCUGUGGUUUUGUUUUAGGAGUUCAGAAGCACAGAUCUAAGAGUCCAAUACGUUUCUUCAACCAUGACAAACAUUAAGGCUGACUGCUAUAAUAAUAAUGAUAGUAAUAAUGAUAAUAAUAAUAAUAAGAAGAAGAAGAAGAAGAAUAGGGAGCUUGGUGGUUAGCUUGUUUGCCUCACACCUCCAGGGUUAGGGGUCCAAUGUGUUCCACCAUGUGUGAGUUUUCCCCACUGAAGUUCUCCCCAUGCCUUGAAGGGACCUCCCCUUGUCCAAAGAAUGCAUUUAGGUGUAGUGUGAUUGUGCCCUGGCAUCCUGUCCCUGCCUUGUGCCCCAAGUCACCUGGGCUAGACUCCAGGCUCCCUGUGACCCAGUAGGAUAAGCAGUGUAGAGAAAGGAUGGAAUGGAUGAAUGAUAAUAAUAAUAAUAAUUUCUCGUUAUAUAUCAUUGCACAUUAUAUACACACACACAUCGAUUUGCUCAUUUUUAUAAAGGGUGCCAUUAAUUAUAGACUUGACUUCAGAGAUACAAUAAGGCCAAAGAUACCGGAUACAUAUCAACAAGCUCUAGCUCUAUAUCUGGGGUAUAAUUUUGUCUAAUGCAAGUGCAUUUAAUGACAAUAUGUAAAUCUUGACUAUUCUAGUGGUUGUGUGUUUAGGGAUUCAGUUGGACUGUUUCUCAUCAGGUGAAGUUGGCAGCUUCUACUAUGCAUAUGUCCUUGUUUUUGUGCAUGUGUGUGCUGUACUGUACUUCAUCAACAUUUCUAACUCAACCUUUGACUAAUUUAGAUAAGAUAAGAGUUAGGUAUUUAAAACGAUUUGCAGUUUGCACAAGAAAAUAAAACCCUCACACAGAGGGAGAUGGCACACACACUCAUACAUAUGGAUGUGGAAGGGGGUGUGAAGGGCAUAGGGCUCUUAUAUAAUAUAUUGCGUGCACACACACACACACACACACACACACAAUCAAAUCAGACAUGAUGUUUUUAGUAUUAAAAAAAAAAGCAUGGGCCAGCAGGCAAGAUUUGCUGCCACACAUACACACACACACACACAUAUGCACAUGCUUUAGUUGCCCUGGGAGCGUGAUGUCAUCAGCUUGUCGGGUUGUGUUAGUGCUCAUGAGGCGAAAGCUUAUUGGGGUGGUCUAAAAACUCAAGCUUUGACUGGCUAGUGUGUGUGUGUGUGUGUGUGUGUGUGUGUGUGUGCGCGUGUGUGUCCGUGUCCUUUACCCUUUGCAUUCAGACCUAUCUCUCAGCAUUAAAAUUAUUUGUUGUACAGUAAUCCUUAGUGCUACAUGACAGGCAUUAUUAUGUGUCUAUUUGAUUACGUGAACUCCAUGAACAGCUGGGAUUUUUUUCCCCUCUAAUUUAACUAAAAAACUAAAGAACACAGAAGGAUUAUCCCUCUUUACCUCCUUUCCUUCCAAAGUGUUUGUGCACUUUAAAAAAAAAAAAAAAGACUCAAUACUCAUGUGCUCAUCCAUUUGUCAGCCCCUCUUUCCCAUAACCAUCAAUGGAAAUGUCCAUCACCACUAGAUUUUUUUUUUUGUUUUUGGGGUGAUGGACCGUUCCAAUUUUCAGCAAAGCAGUGAUACAGACACGGUAUACUUGCAAAAAAAACCCUGACUGUACACGUCAGUUUCAAGUGAUUGAACUGAGUAACAUUAACAGAAUUAGUUUUCAUACAUCCAACAUGAUUUAGAGCGUUUAUUUUCAAAUCCCUGAGCUCACACCUGAGCUGAGAAUCGAAUUUUGCAGCAGACACACUGCAUGAAUACACACACACACACAUACACACCCCAGCAUUAAUACUGUGCCUAACACACUCAUACCAGUACCACAAGCACCACACUGGCAAAUAAUAUUUGGUUUGUGGUGGUGCUGAAAGUGUUCCUUUUUCCACAGAUGGACCGGAUUGAGGGGAGUGACGAAUUGUACAUAUGAAAAAAUCUAUAGUAAGUCAUUUUAUAACAGUGAUAUAAGGUAUGAAAGCAUAUGGUCUAAUAAACAAGUGUACAAAAAGCACUGUCUAUGCAAAAUUCUACCCUGAACCAUAGAUUCAGCCUGGUAUUGCCGCAAAACUGAUGUGUGUGUGUGUGUGUGCCCGCGGGUAUCGGUUUUUAAGUUUUGUUUAUGCUAACAGAGAGAAAAUUGCUGAUGUUUAUUAUUUAUUUAUGAAUACUAUAUGUGUAUUUUAACAGAUUCUGUAUAUGAUUAAAUAUUUCAAUUUGUCGAAAAAGGUCCUUUGUGUGUGUGUGUGUGUGUAUGUGCAUGUGUAAAGAGGGUGUAGGCAGCCUUUAUCUGUUUGUGUCUUUCUUCAUCCCUCUGACCCUAGUCUUUUCCUCCUUCUCUCUCUCCUAUCUACUUUCUCUACUCCUCCUUCCUCCUCUCCUAUCGCUUAUUUCUCUCCUCGCUUAAUCCUUGUGGUACAGUGAAAUGACCUUUUUUUUUUUAAAUUUCAGAUGCUUCAAAACAUGUUACAUCAUCCCCAAAUGCACCUACACACAUUUUUCCCAUGUGCAGCUCUGAAUAAAAAUGCACCUGAUGCAUUCUGACACACACACACACAUGCGUGCAGUGCACCAUGUUGCAGUAAUGAGGAAUGUGUACAUGGCUGUCAGCUGUCAGUUCUACUUUACAGGGUCUGAGAUACACACACUCAGAUUUGUGAUGAUGUUACAGUAAUUCCUGUGUAAUGAAAACACUCCUUACAGUCAUUUACAGCGACAAGCUUCAACAGCUUGCUGAACCUUGAUGCUAUACAAUAAUCGAAUAAAGCAAAAUACAAACCAAGAUAAAUUUACAGCAUUUGGCAGACAUCUUAGGUUGCUGCGGAGCUUAUAUAAGGCCUAUUUUAUACAAGUGAGGAGUUGAGGGUUAAGAGCCAUGCUCAAGGAUACAGAGAUAACAGCAUGGCAGUUUGAUUUUGAAGACAAGACCUUCUGAUCCAUAGUCAGUUUAAUUUAUAGCCCAAAAUUUAACCCACUGAUUUACCACUCACAUCACACCUGUUUUUUUUUCCACCUUUUAUGUGAUAUAGCUACCAACAAAAUAUGGGUGGAAAAACAAAUAAAAACAUUUAAAGGAUGAAAAAGAAAAAAAAAAAAAUUAACCUGGAUCCACAAGUGUACAGAACCCAUUAACCCCACUGUUGUCCUAGGGAUCAAAUUUGGCCCGUUUCAAAUGUUUUCAUAUCAAAACCAUAUUUCUAUUUCAUGUAAAUAAGGUCUGUUGACCAUAAACGACAAAAAGAAAUGUAGUAAUAAGUUUACAUGAAGUUAAUUAAAAGGGGUAACACAGAAUUGGGGGCUAAUCUUACACUUCAUGCUUCAAAAACCGUUAAACAGAGUGGCUCAAUAUUCACCCAGGAGGACAAAAGAUGUUCAACAGGAAGACAAUACAGUGGAACCUCGGCAUACGGAUUUAAUUUGUUCUCGAGGUGAUUUCUUAAGCUGAAAAUUUGUAUUUGAAAUGAAUUUUCCCCUAAGAAAAAAUGUGAAUGCAGAUAGUCUGUUCUAGCCAUCCAAAAAUAUUACCAAUAUGACCAAUAUGUAAACUGUAAGGCUGCUUACAAACAACUGACCCAAGCCAAAGCAUUCCAUUUCAAGGGUCCUCACAGGAAGCCGUGCCACCAAGCUUGGGCUAAAAAUAGAACAGACCACCCACGGACCCAAUCUGUCAACAAAAAAACACCCGAAAAAUCACCUGGCUUUUGAACGCAUGCCUAAGGCAACGUUGAUAUUGUGGUUUGACUCUUUUGAAACAGCUUUCGCUGACUGAAAAAAAAUGUGUAAAAUUUGUAAACUAGCUUUGGUUAGUUUCGCUUGGCUUUCCACUGACGCAAACAUGCUUUGAAUGGCUCCCGGACGUACGCGUAACUUCAGUUCGGUUCGUUCGUAUGUCUAAAAUGCUUCGCAUGUCAAUGCAAAUUUCUUGCAAAAUUUCAAUUCUCAAGGCUAAAAUUCGUAAGUGAAAGCAUUUGUAUGUCAAGAUUCCAGUGUAGGAAGGUUGACUAACACUCUGAUCCUCAUACAGAACUCUGGAACUGGCAAUUUUAUUCCACUCUUCCCAGCAGAAAUGCUCGAAAUCUAACAAAUCUGUGACGGCGUCUCUUCUGCACAGCCCUCUUUUAGUCAUUCCCCAGGUUUUCAUUAUGCUUUAGAUCUGGACAAAUUGUUGAUCUUCAUUUUCUAAACAGAUGCCAAAAUAGUUUGGUAUUUGGAGCUAUCCAUGAUUCCUUAUAUCUUUUCUAGAUAUAAGCUCCACAGCACGAUGCUGCCACCACCAUGCUUCA